AUGCCCGCAUACGUCCAAUCGCAGUCACACCAACUCUCCGCGGCAGAGUCAGUCGACCCAACCACCUCGCCAGCUGCCUCACAUGCGCUGACAGCCACCGCAGCCCGAGGAGACAUAUCGCUCGGUCCCAUGGUCCCGCCCCGCCCCCCCCCCUUUGCCUUGGACAACGACCAGGGUGCCGAAAUAUUUCAGUGUAACGCAUCUUCACAGCUCGUCACAGUAUGCAUCAAAAAUGCCCGUCAUACGUGUCUCACAACUCUGCUAUCCUGCUGCUACUUCCACUUAUCAAACAGUGCUCUCGGUCAUGACAGUUACAGCUCCGCAAUUGCCCGUGCCAUGGUGCCCCCCCAACCCCGACAAGCUUCAUCGCGCACCCGCCGGUGGCUUGCAACGUCGAACCGGCGCAGAAUACUCGCUUACGCCAUUAUGUAUUACCAACCAUAUCUCUCAGGCGACAUAUGUAAUAAGUACACAUAUAUCCCGCAUACUUAUGUGUGA